AUGCUCGGGAAAACUUUAGAAGAAAAAUCCAUAUCAAGGCUUGCUGAAGAAAGUGAAAAAUUUUCUUUAAGCGACGACGAAGAAGCCAAACUUUCUCAUUUGAACCCGAAACCAGAAAUAAAUGUUUCUCCUUGGAAUUUCGAAAUCACUCAUUAUGGGAAUCACUUGACUAUUCCUCAUGAACCUAUCGGAGAAAAACCUAAAACAACCAUAGUUAGAAUACGCCAGCAUACCUCUUUCAAAUCGACUGAUUUAACAAGUGACCACACAAUGACCAUAAAAAGACAAAAUAAAACUCCUGAGCAGAGGAGGUCAAGCUGCUACUACACCCAUGACGAUUUUAAAACAGAAGAAAAUAAGGCACUUAAUCGGAAUCAUCAUUUUUAUUAUAGAUAUUUAUAAAGGGCUAAUGGAAUCAAGCUCUAAAGAGUGUAAAUUUAAUAAAUUUAGCUAAAUAACAAAUAUCUUGCAGCAAUUUUUGUACACUUAAUCUGCAUCCAAUUCAUAUAAACUCUGUAAGAAGGAUUAAAGAGCCUAUUUUGGUGCCUCGAAGAGAAGAAUUGCUAUUGGCCCAUCGUAUAGAAGAGCAAAUGUUAUUUCCCCACAAAGAAACGAUUGUGGUUAAACCGAGGUCUUAUACUGUAGAAAUCCCAGAUAAGCCUGAUUUCGAAAAUGAAGACCAGUUUAUUGAAAAUAAAGAAAAGGUAGCUUUUAUCAUAUGAAUAUUCAUACAAUUUAAAAGCCUUAAACUAAAGGAUAUAUUCAUUGCUAAUAGCAUAAGAAAUAUUUAGAUUGACAAAAUAACUCACUUCAGGAAAAUCAGUGCUAGCUUGCCAUCAAGUAGAGGGAGGAUAGAGAAAAACAAACCAACGAUAAAAGUCAAUAGUGUCAUCCCAAAUAAUCUCCCGAAAAUCAAAACUUCUAACAAAAGCGAAAAUUUGACUCCCUUAAAAGAUUUAGAAAAGCUCAGCAAAAGAUCACAACUUAUUGAGCUGCUAAAAAAUUUAGCCCCAAAGCUUUUGAUCCCUCCUGCACAAAAUUCAGCAAGGUCUAAGUCUUCUGGAAGAAGACUUGAAAAUACAUCACAAAAUCCAAAAGAUAGGUCUAGCUCAGGGCAGUUACAUCUCAACAAGCUUGAAAUCUGUCCUUGGAAAGAUAGUAUAUACCAAAUCUCUAUAAAAUAUCCCUUAUUUCUGCUUAAAUUCCUUCACUAUCCAUUCACGAAUUCCCUCAUAAUUUCAUAA